AGCAGCAACUCCUUGGCUCCAUGGGAUAGUGCAUCGCGCUACACAGACCAGCGAUGAGAAAGAAAACUCGCACAGGAACAGGAGGACGCAGAACAAUACUCCAACUUUCCCCACCUCGAAGCGGGACCGUCGGUGGAAGAGAAGACGCUUUAGGUUCCGAAGGUAAAACCAUCAUAUUUUAUGUUUUAGUUUACGGUUGGUGGCUGAUUCGUUCAAAAUCGGGCCCAUUUUUCUACUGAUCAACACUGAAGAGAAAGUAGCUAGCUAGCCAGCCAGCCUAACGUUAACUCAUUGGCCUCGCCGGUGACGUAGCCUAUCUAGCUAGUUGUUCAAAAUGUAGCUGGCUACGUUAGUUACUUAUUUUCCGGAAAUAUAUGCAUUGCUUGACUUGAUCACUAUAUUUAAAUAACUGGUUGCUGUUUUCGAAACAAUGUAUACCAAAUGCUAUGUAUUUAUUUUUGAGGUGUUUCUCGGUUUCUAAACAGCGUUAGCUAGUUAGCCUAGCCAGCUAGCAUGUUAACAUAUUGGUGAAAGAGCGAGUUAGUGGCGCGCGGCCUGUUGAUUUCGUGAACAAACGCUGCAAUGGCAAUGCCUAAACCAGCUAACUACCACGGUGAGAAAAUUGGGUACAACUAGCUAGGCAUAUCAAUGGUAACGUUAGCUAACUGUUAAUUGUGAAUCCAGACCACAUAUCUAACUACAUAAUCAUUAUUUAGCUACUUUGACAAUUGCAUUGAUGCCUGUUUUGCAGACGAACAUGAAGGUAACGGUGAUGGAUACAGUUUUCUGAGAGAAGUAACCACAGAAAUGAUGAUCCCCGCAGUUAAGGCCACAGGUAAGAUAAGCCAUAACUUUGUUCAUAUACCCGUUUGUUUGCAAGCUUGUGUGAACUCGUGAACGACUGGGUUCGAACCUGGGUCUCCUGCCAUAACUGUCAUCCUGCUGAGCUCUAGCUAGCAUAAGUACCUAUAUCUCAACUCCACGAUACCACAUCCACGGAGUUGAGCGCAAUAGUUUUUGGAGUGAACCUCUGGCUCGAGUAGCUGUGCAGUCAACUUAAAAAAUGUAGAUUCUUACACCCUUACCAUGUACAUAGGUUUGCCCUCUGUUGCGUGCCUUUCUUUAUUAGCUAAAAUCCAUAAUUUUUUACAAAACGUUAAUAUAACCACCGAUUGUUUCCGUGUUGCUCUAAUGGCAAGUGAGCGCGAAUGCAUGUUCCGAUUUAAUCACAAAGAGGAAAGAGUCAGUGAUUUUAUUUAGUUACUGUUUUAUUAAAAGGUAUGGAUUUCAGUAAACACACGCAACAGAGGACAAACAUAGGUACACGGUAAGGGUGUAAGAAUUAAUAAUUUUUAAAGUAUCGACUGCACUGUGACAAAGGAGUCAUAGGUUCACUCAAAUCUCGUCUGCACUCAACUCCGCAGAUGUGGUAUAGUGGAGUUGAGAUGUACUUGGCUAGCUGAGCUCAAGCCUAUGCAUUAUCUGGGAGGGGUAACACAAGAUGUCUUCAGGUCUCAGGUUACUAAUCACGCACACAAGCAUGGUUGCCUACAAACAGUGCAUUACCUUAAAAGUUUGUUGUUUCUCCCCAGAGGGUCUGUCCCUCCUGGGGGCCUAUGAGGACAGUGAUGAUGAAGAAGAGGAUACAAACUCGCAGCCUCCCACCAUCAGGACACAACACAACCAGUCUGCAGACAUACUCGCCAACUUCAUGGCCGUCAGUAUAACAAUACUUUAUUUCUGUUUGUUUCAUGGUCUUUUCUCAAUCGGCUGUGUUCCUACCUCUCAGCGAUGUGAUGACCUGUUUAUGUUUUCGUAAAACUCUGUAUCACUGACAUUGGUACUGUAAAUCCUUCUCUGCACACCGUCUUGAAAUAGCUUCUCACUGAGGAAAAUAUAACUUGACAUCCCUUUUAACUUUCAACCCAUCGUUUUAUGUCUUAGGUUUUGUAACUGUAUUGGAACUUGGAAGAUUCAAAUAAUUUAUAUAUUUUUUAAAUCAUCCUCUUCCUUAUUUUUCUACAAUAUUAGGGUGAUAUCAGGGCUCUUUUCCUAGUUGUCUUGCUAUACACCUGCAAUUGUCUCAUGUAGGCCUGUAUUUCCCUGCUUUGUUCAUAAUGUCUUUAGACAGGUGGUGUCCUUCAACAACCUAAUUUAAUCACUGCCCCCCCCCCCCCCCCCCCCCCAAUAGGAAAUUGAUGCCAUCACCACACAGCCGUGUUCAGAGGAGCCCACAGGGGAUCUGUCGGCCCCAGCCCCGACACCACCACGUCCAGAACCCAAAGCCCAGCAACAUGCCUCUGAGACAGGGACAGAGCCGGAGAGCACUGGGGCAGACUUCCAGUAUGAUACCCAUACUUCACUAGCUGGAGGUGACCGGUUUUGUUGUAUUUCAUAAAUUGCAGAACUUACCUGAGAAGUAGCAGUUAGCCUAGCCAUUGUUUGGGUUUGUGAUGUGUUAAGUGUGCGCUUUUAAAGAAGUGGAGUUCCUUCCUUAUUUGUGUUUCCUGUCCGCCAGUUGGCGGAUUGGAGAUGGGUGACUGGCAGGAGGUGUGGGAUGACAAUACAGGUUGUUACUACUACUGGAACACUCAGACCAAUGAGGUGGCCUGGCAGCUGCCUUACUACUUGGCCCACCAGGUGCAGGGCCUGCAGCAGUACGCAGACAGGUGAGGCGUUAAUGGAUGGUACUACAUAAUAAUAUACAAAUGUUAGUCAUACACAAGUGGAUUUGUAUUUUACAGCAAGACUCUGAAAUGUGUAUUUUCUACUUAGAGUUGAAGAUUUGACCUCUUUUAUAUUUUAUCCCCUGUAGCUCAACAGUCAAUGGCAACGGCGCUACACAGAGUGCAGGUUACCAUGUUGAACAACACUCCACUGCCGUCAGUGCCCUGACAUCUAAGACAAAAAAGAAGGUGAGUUAUUUGAGUAUUUUUGUGCUCUCAAUGAUUCGGUGUGAAUCCAAACAAAGUACUCAACUGUCCAUUUGUUGGCGGAAGUGUGUGUAUGUCUAUGACUCUGUGUGCCUUUCCUCUGACAGGAGGUGAUGGAGAGCGUGGUUGCCCUGACCAGUGAAGAAGAGGAGCGUCAUGGUGUGGCCGCCUCCCUCCUCGGUCCCCUCAUCCCUGCAGAGGUGAAAGAAGCAGAGGAGAAGUGGAGGAAGAUGCUGGUGGGAGGGUUGGAGGAGAAGGAGAACAGCCUGGAGGAUGGCUUGCCAGGGUCCCCCGCUCCCCCCCUGAAUGAGCCAGAUACCCCCACGCACCCCCUGAGAGACCAGCGCAGCAGGAACCAGUCUGAGGAGAACUCUGAGGAAGAGGAGACGGAGGAGGACACCAUGGAGCUGGAGCUGGCUCUGGAGAGGAAAAAGGUCAGCUUAUGUUUUUAUUCAUACUUUAUUAAACCAGAGAUGUUGAAAUUGACAACUCUUUCAAGUGAGUUUAUACAUUGAGUAUACAAAACAUUAAGGACACCUGCUCUUUCCAUGACAUAGACUAACCAGAUUAAUCCAGGUGAAAGCUAUGAUCCCUUAUUGAUGUCACUUGUUAAAUCUACUUCAUUUAGUGUAGAUGAAGGGGAGGGGACAGGUUAAAGGAUUUUUUUGAGACAUGGAUUGUGCAUGUGUUCCAUUCAGAGGGUGAAUGGGCAAGACACAAGAUUUAAGUGCCUUUGAACAGGGUAUGGUAGUAGGUGCCAGGUGCACCGGUUUGUGUCAAGAACUGCAACGCUGCUGGGUUUUUCACGCUGAACAGUGUCCCAUGUGUAUCAAGAAUGGUCCACCACCCAAUGGACAUCCAGCCAACUUGACACAACUGUGGGAAGCAUUGGAAUCAACAUGUCCAGCAUCCCUGUGGAAAGCUUUCGACACCUUGUAGAGUCCAUGCCCUGAUGAAUUGAGGCUGUUCUAAGGGCAAAGGGGGUUCAACUAUGAAGUUGUCCAAAAUAUUGUAUAUUGUGACUCUUUUGAAAAAGUCACAGACCAGAAUGUCGACACAAUGAAAUACAUGCAGAAUUAAUAGUGUGACUCGAACAUGAACAUUUGUCGUCUUUUUGUCCCUCUAGGCUGAGUUGCGGGCGUUGGAGGAGGGUGAUGGCAGUGCGGGGGGCUCCAGCCCCUGUUCUGAGGCAAGUCAGGAGGCCCCCGAGCCCUGUAGCCUGCUCCUGAAGAAGGCCAAGUGGAAGACAGCCUUCCUCAGAGCAGCCAGCCCCGACUCAAACAGCAGAGGCUCCGAUACACGGGAAGACCCCGACACAAGUGAGUGUCUGGAGAACAGUUAGGGUGCGAUCUGGUCCAGAUACACAAAUUCUGUGCAGAUUACAUCAUUAUAUUGUUCUGAUGUGGUUCAUCCUAAGAUGUAAACACUUCUCUAGGACUUCUGAUCUGAUAUGCUGCAUAGACCAACUCUGUCAUAUAAAUGUACAGUUGAAGUCGGAAGUUUACAUACACCUUAGCCAAAUACAUUUAAACUCAGUUUAUCACAAUUCCUGACAUUUAAUCCUAGUAAAAAAUCCCUGUCUUAGGUCAGUUAGGAUCACCACUUUUAUUUUAAGAAUGUCAGAAUGAUAGUAGAGAUUUAUUUCAGCUUUUAUUUCUUUCAUCACAUUCCCAGUGGGUCAGAAGUUUACAUACACUCAAUUAGUAUCUGGUAGCGUUGCCUAUAAAUUGUUUAACUUGGGUACAAAUGUUUCGGGUAGCUUCCCACAAUAAGUUGGAUGAAUUUUUGCCCAUUCCUCCUGACAGAGCUGGUGUAACUGAGUCAGGUUUGUAGGCCUCCUUGCUCGCACACGCUUUUUCAGUUCUGCCCACAGAUUUUCUAUAGGAUUGAGGUCAGGGCUUUGUGAUGGCCACUCCAAUACCUUGACUUUGUUGUCCUUAAGCCAUUUUGCCACAACUUUGGAUGAAUGCUUGGGGUCAUUGUCCAUUUGGAAGACUCAUUUGUGACCAAGCUUUAACUUCCUGACUGAUGUCUUGAGAUGUUGCUUCAUUAUAUCCAUAUAAUUUUCCUUCCUCAUGAUGCCAUCUAUUUUGUGAAGUGCACCAGUCCCUCCUGCAGCAAAGCACCCCCACAGCAUGAUGCUGCCACCCCCGUGCUUCACGGUUGGGAUGGUGUUCUUCGGCUUGCAAGCAACCCCCCUUUUCCUCAGAACAUAACGAUGGUCAUUAUGGCCAAACAGUUCUAUUUUUGUUUCAUCAGACCAGAGGACAUUUCUCCAAAAAGUACCAUAUUUGUCCCCAUGUGCAGUUGCAAACCGUAGUCUGGCUUUUUUGUGGCGGUUUUGGAGCAGUGGCUUCUUCCUUUCUGAGCGGCCUUUCAGGUUAUGUCGAUAUAGGACUCGUUUUACUGUGGAUAUAGAUUAUUUUGUACCUGUUUCCUCCAGCAUCUUCACAAGGUCCUUUGCUGUUGUUCUGGGAUUGAUUUGCACUUUUCACACCAAGUACGUUCAUCUCUAGGAGACAACGCGUCUCCUUCCUGAGCGGUAUGACGGCUGCGUGGUCCCAUACUGUUUAUACCUGCGUACUAUUGUUUGUACAGAUGAACAUGGUACCUUCAGGCGUUUGGAAAUUGCUCCCAAGGAUGAACCAGACUUGUGAUGGUCUACAAUUGUUUUUCUGAGGUCUUUGCUGAUUUCUUUUGAUUUUCCCAUGAUGUCAAGCAAAAAGGCACUGAGUUUGAAGGUAUGCCUUGAAAAACAUCCACAGGUACACCUCCAAUUGACUCAAAUGAUGUCAAUUAUCCUAUCAGAAGCUUCUAAAGCCAUGACAUCAUUUUCUGGAAUUUUCCAAGCUGUUUAAAGGCACAGUCGACUUAGUUUAUGUAAAGUUCUGACCCACUGGAAUUGUGAUACAGUGAAUUAUAAGUGAAAUAAUCUGUCUGUAAACAAUUGUUGGAAAAAUGACUUGUGUCAUGCACAAAGUAGAUGUCCUAACCAACUUGCCAAAACUAUAGUUUGUUAACAAAAAAUGUGUGGAGUGGUUGAAAAAUGAGUUUCAAUGACUCCAACCUAAGUGUAAACUUCCGACUUCAACUUUAUGUAUCGGUGUAGGCGUCAUCUUAGUACUAGUCCUCUUGUGUGUCUUACAGCACAUUCCAAUGUCCCUGAGAAGGCCGGGGAAGAGCUGGAGAAGGAGACCGGGGACAAAACAUUAACCAAAGUGUCACCAAAAGAGGAGGUGGAAACUCCAGAGCUCAAGGUACUGAACAACUCACACACCAAUUUAACUCUCAGUAGUAGGGCCUGAGCAGGAAAAACCCUGGGCCUACUCAUGAGUGAUAAAAUAACUGGUGGAUAACUAAUUUUUAAGAAAUUGUGUUUUGAAUGAUCAGUUUCAGAUCGGGGAACUGGCCAACACCUUAACAAGCAAGAUGGAGUUCUUAGGGAUCAACAAGAAAACCAUCUCUAACUUCCAGCUGCUUCUGUUACAGACUGAGGUGAGAUGACCAUGACCUGUUUUUGUACCUUACCUCCAGUCACAGUGAAAGCCUAUAUCUUCAGGUCCAGAUUAUAUUCUCUUGGCCUCGAAACCACACUAGUUAGCUAGCUGCAUGACUCUGAAUGGUGAGAACUUUCACAGACAUGAUUCAGAUUCACCGUUUUUAAUAGUCACAUGUACAGGGUUGCAGGUGUGAUUGCAGGGUACAGCUUUGAGCUCCAACAUGCAGGACUAAAUAAAAUAAAAUAAUUAAAAUGGUUAUAAAAAAUAAAAUAAAAGAACCAUAUACUGUAAAUAGAAACAAUCUGUACUGAAUGACUGCAAUUGCAAGUGAUCAUUCUGAUGGGAGAUUUUUAUUUUUUACAUUGUUUCUCCCUUCUCUCUACCCAUCCUUCUCUCAGACGAGGAUCGCUGAUUGGCGGGAGGGGGCUCUGAACGGGAUCUAUCUCCGCCGCAGGCUGCAGGAAGCCGCCGAGCACAUAAAACAUUACGAACUUAACGCCGCCCCUAAAGGCUGGUCCUGCCACUGGGACAGGUACGCGCUCCUUACCUUUAACAUCUCUAAACACCCCCCCCCCCCCCCCCCCCAAACCCAGUGUGACCACAACCCUCUCAGAGCUGGGGUCGCCACCUUUUUAACCUGAUAUGAGGGUGAUCUUAACCAAUCCCAGUGGAUAAAAUGAAACAGAGACAGACCCUCAAGGUUUCUGUGAUGCAAUGCUGGCACUCUGCAGUGUCAGUGGUAAUAAGGGAGCAGCCAUUCAGGCCAGCUUGAUCCCCUAACACUAUACCACCAGAUGCAGAGACGGGAACCCUGUCCUGUCCACCCAUAGCCCAGACUAUGGCUCUUGUCUUUGGGGGGCCCUCUGUAGACUGUUUUGGGGGUCCAGUCAGUGGAACGGGGGUACGGUAGCUAGGAAGGUGGUUGUGUGCGAGAGCUUUGCACUUUACAGGACUACAGCCCCCAGAAUGCAUUGCUGGGCGAAAUGAGUGACAGAUUGAAGCCCCGGAAACGAGGAGUGUCAAAAACAACAUCAGUUAAAGCGAAGACGGAGCGUUGACGAGGACCCAGCAGGUCAGACCAACUCUAUUUCAUACGUUUCCUGUUUUUAUUCCUUGAUUGAGUGAAUGUAUAGAUAUUUCUGAUGUAAAAAAAUAUAAAUACUGUUUUUUUCAUGCCUUUGGUUGUUGAGUUGAUGACUGCUGUCUCUCUUUGGCAUCUAUCUAUGUUUGGGGGGCAAAAGGUUGUCUGAAGGUUGUCUGUGAGUAUGUUGUCAUGACAACCAUUAUGUGGAUCAUUACUCUGAACAUCUGAACACUGCUUUGAUGAUCAACUUUGCAGGACCCAAGCCGAUAGUUUUUUGGGUUUGUUGAUUUGGUUUUGUGAGAGUUAAGGUGGGUUCCCCAUCAAUGUCCCACAUCCCGAUCCAAUCUGGCUCUUCUCCUGGAUGGCUAACCUGGCUGUCCAGCCCAAUAUUCCCCCUCUCCUGCCCCCUACGGGGCAGUCCCCCCCUCGCCCAGGGUAUACUACGACUCAGCCAGUUAUAAGGCCAGCUGUUGAGACUCUGCCUUGUAUCUCUGUUCUCCCUCCUUCUAGAGAGCACAGGCGGUAUUUCUACACCAACGACCGCACCAGUGCCUCCCAGUGGGACUUCCCAGCUGAGGAAGAGGAAGAGGAGGAGGAGGAAGGACUGGAAACCAAGUUGUCCAUACAGGGGGAACCCAAACCCCCGCCCGUACCCGCUGGUGGGCUCGCAGGUCAGUCCUCAGGACCCCUCACUGUUCUCUUAAAAUUCCCUUAUGUUCUCCUGAUUGACAUCCUCUGUAUCUAUAGGUCCAGAUUAAUCGCUUGGCCUUGAAACCACACUAGUUGGGUAGUUGCGUGACUCAAUGAUGAGAACUUUCACAGACCUGUACUGAAAGACUCUGAUUGCAAACUAUUUUACUGAAGGGAGACGGACAUGCAUAGAGCAUUAGGCUUCCAGUAACUAACUAACAGGUCUUGCGCUAUGGAAUCUGCCACGGUCAUAUGUUACUAACUAGUCAGUAUUUGGUGAACCUUACUCACUUCUCCCUUCUGACAAAGAAAAUGGGUACAUUUUAUAAAUUUUCUAUCAUAUUGCAGGAGCUUCAGUCUUCUCACCCAUCGUCCCCACUCAGCCUGGCCUUCCCUCUUAUUGGUCUGUGCCUCAGCCCCCACUUCCCCCUGACCAGCCCCCUCCCCCGUCCGACAUCCCCCUGCCUCCCCCUCCACCCCCAGAGUCGCCUCCCCCGCCCCCUCCUCCUCCCCUGGAGGAGGAUGAUGGAGAGAUUGAGGAGGUAGAGAUGGAGGAUGAUGACAGUGAGCCUCCAGCACCUGGAACAGAGCCUCCCCUCCUCCUGGGCGUUGGCAGCAUGAAGGUAUGAGACCAUUCUACUCAUCCAGACCUCAAGUCUCAUCUCAGUAGUCUUGUGAAUAGACUAACCAAGCACACUUUCUAGAUGACCUCCUAGUCCAGCAGUUGUCAAGUGCCAGUCAGUGGGCCUGCUGGUUUUUAUGUUAACAUGACUCUAUGUUAACUUUCACAGACCUGUUCUGAAUUACUGUGAUUGCAAACCAUUUUUUUCUGAUGGGAGACGUGCAUAGCAAGCAUUUUGUUGGAAAUUAGCAUAAGCUUUCACUGUAAGCUUGUCUUUCUCCUCUCAGGUUGUGGAGUCUACAGCUUCCCUGGGUAAGGGUCAGAAACGCAAGGCUUCAGGAGCAGGUCAGCUGACCAAGGCAGUAACCAUCGGCAGCAGCGCCAUCCUCUACACACAGACCACCGCCAUGGCAGGUAAAAAGCCAUGAUAUCAUCAUCGAGUCUGUGUGCCUGCUGGUUUUCAUGUUAACAUGAUUCUUGAAGUAGCAGGACUCUCAAUGAUGAGAACUUUCACAGACCUGUACUACAUUACUGUGAUUUAAUACUUUUUCUGAUGGGAGAUGUAGGACCCUAGUGUAUCUCGGUAUAGGUGUUUGGCUGUUUAAUUGCAAACCUUGUGAUCACUUUGAAAACUAAUGCUUGUACCAAAUAGUUGACUUUUGUGUUCCUUUCUGUGUCCUCAGCCCCUGUGAUGUCAGGAGCGGUCUACUGGGGUGUGUCUGCGGUAGCUGCUCCUCCACUGCCUUCUGAACCUGUGGCCCCACCUCUCCCACCUCCCCCAACCCGGCCCCCGCUACCCCCCACUCAGCCCCCCAAUGCCUUGGACCCCACAGGGCUUAAAACACUGCCCACGGACAAGACCAAGAAACUGAAGAAGGAUAAGGUGGGUGUCUUUGAUUUUCAUAUACAAUGGCAUCUGUUCAAUGCAUUGAUAAGGAAAAAGGAUGGUGAAAGAUUGGCACUGUCUAAUUCAAUGUAAUAAAUAUUUCAAUUGAAAGCUUUCCCCUAGUUGAUUCGAACCAGAGUGAAGCUCUUAAAUUACGAUCUCCCACUGUCUCCUUUAUUCCCCUUCCCCACAUCCCUGGUUGCUGUGUCCAGUCGAAGAAGAGCAAGACGAAGAUGCCGUCCCUUGUGAAGAAGUGGCAGAGCAUCCAGAAGGAACUGGACGAGGAGGAGAAGUCUAGUUCUAGUGACGAGGACAGGGACCAGCUCAACAAGAGGGGCAUCGAGGAGUGGAAACAGCAGCAGCUACUCACGUAAGAGCUUCCCCUGAACUACUGUGAUUGCAAACAAUUUUUCUGAUGGGGACAACUUCUAAUACAUUUGUAUAUUUUAACAACUUCUAAUAAUGUUUUAAGUGAAAAUAAUCUGUUUCUACUACUUUAUCUAUUGGAUUGCAGGGGAAAAGCUGGAAAGAAUGCAAACUUCGAGGCUUUACCUGAUGACUGGCGAGAGAGGAUGUUGAAGAAGAGGAAGAUGAUGAAGAGCACGUAA